AUGAAGGUGUUUGUCGCAAUUUGCAUCGUUCUCACGGUGCUAACUGUGUUUGCUCCAAACUCUACGCCAUCGACAUUGCGAGGGAAACCAUUCAAGUCCCUGGAUUCCCCACUUACAACGAAGACAUUCCACUUGAACUUGGGUUCAGAAAGAGAUCCUAGCCUCAAGUGGAGAGUGGACUAUGCGAAGCAAGAAGUUCAACUUGAGGUGAAAUUCAAAAGCAGUGACAGUGACCAGAAUGAUUGGCUUGCAUUUGGCUUUUCGGACCGCGGUGAAAUCAAAGAGGCUGAUUUGUGCGUGUUCUGGGUCGACUGGAAAUAUCAAGUCCACUUUGACGAUGCCAACACGAACAAACUCGGCAUUUUGUUUGAAGACAGCGAACAGCAGAAUUGCGAUGACUUCAGACUCCUUCACGAAGGAAAGUCGAACAUUGCUUUCACUUACCGCCGGAAAUUCGAGACUUGUGACCCGACUGACUACGAUGGAACAACUCAUUUGGUAUUUGCACAAGGCGAGGGGCCAUUGUUGAGACUGACUGGUGUGAAUGCAACUGCUGCUCGCCACGGGAUGAAACGGGUUCAGUUGUUGAAGAACCUGUCAGAUAAAGCAUCCAUGGCGGCAAGAAAAUCAGCUCUCAGGACUGUCAAAGAAAUCAACAUCACCAUGGACAGAUAUCACAUUGAACCUGUGGAAACGACCUACUUGUGCAAGAUUUUUAAACUGCCCCCCGAAUUCGCUGCAAAACAUCACAUGAUCCAAGUGAGAAAUCCCUUUCAUUCGACAAAAAGUACUGUAUUCCAUUUUUUGGAUCGUUUGCCGUCGAAAUGUCGCGCUAAGUUGAGAUAUGCAGUGGGUCUCUGGCGUACUGACGCCACGGGCAUCCGGACGAUUCGAUACAAUCCCGUGAUCCAAGAAGGCAACGAAGGGUUCGUUCACCACAUGGAGGUAUUCCACUGUGAGGCCAAAUAUAACCAGAAAAUACCCGACUAUCUCGGGCCAUGCGCUGCUGAUGACAAGCCCCCGGAAAUCAAUGUCUGCAGGAAAGUUGUGGCUGCGUGGGCGAUGGGAGCAGAACAUUUUGUUUAUCCCGAGGUGAAUAUGCUCGAACUCAGCAUCAUUUUGCUUGUUUGUUUUUGGUUUUUUUUUCCGUGUCGAGAGCAUAUUGCAAAACAUGUGAUCCCUUUGUUAUUUUCGCAGGAUGUGGGAUUGGGAAUCGGGGGAGAGAAUUUCAACCCGUUCCUCAUGUUGGAAGUUCAUUACAAUAACCCGGAUUUGUUGUCCAAUUUCGUCGACAGUUCCGGAAUGCAGCUUCAUUACACCUCGAAACUCCGCCGCUUCGACGCCGGCAUUCUGGAAGUCGGGCUGGAAUACACGCCUAAAACGGGUCUUCCUCCUCGCAUGCGGGACGUUUUCGUGCGAGGUCAUUGCAUCGCGGAAUGCACAGCGAUCGUGAGUUAUCACGGGCUUCAUUGCUUCACCUUGAAAUUUCCGAGGCAGAAACAAAAAAAAAGAUCUAUCUUUCCACGAAUAAAGAAGGCGAGAGAGAGAGAGAGAGAGCAGAUCUUCAGGCACGAGGAUAAGCCCUGCCAUAGUCUGCAUGCAAAUUCACCUGAGCUUCGUUGCUUCAAUACCAUCGCAGUUCCACGUGGUGCUUCGACGACUACAUCUCGUGCAAAUAAUCCGAAAGUCGAGGCCCGAGGCACGCAACAGUCGUCGAACAUUUCUUUUUCCCCGACUGCCAAUAUAACUCGGGCCGUGAGAAAUGCGAAUGCGUUCGUGAAUCAGCAAUUCAAUGGCAAUGAAGAUUUACUCACCGGGCAAUUAGAUUUAUGCGUGUUGGUAUUAUUUCCCCCUCUUUUUCUUAUCCUCGGCGAGGAACGGAUUAAGUCUGUUCAAAUCCGAAGAGCUCUUCAGAGCAAAAUAUUUCGGGAGUCCUUACAUGGAGAAGUACUUGAUUGCAUCGCUGUUCUGUACUCUCCAAAAAAGGGGUUGCCAAAGGACGGGAUCAGAGUAUUCGCGUCGCAGCUUCACACGCACUUGACUGGCGUCCGCGUGUGGACGACACACUCCAGGAACGGCGUCCAGCUGCCGGACAUCAACCGGGACAACCAUUAUUCCACUCAUUACCAGGAGAUCCGCAUCUUGAAGCACCCUGUACACGUUUUGCCU